UCCGGUUUCGGCUUCUGCUUUCCAGCUCCGGCCCUUGGGGCUGUCCGCCGACGCCUGCUUUUCCUGCUCCGCCCGGGCGCCUUUUCCUGGGCGCCCGCCGCCAGCAUCCCCGCUCGCCCCGCCGGGGGAUGGGGCCUUCCGCCGGCCUGGGCCGCCCCUCGUGGGACCCCCGGGGCGACUCCGCGCCCCCGUGACCACCCAGCCCGCCCAGUGCUUCGGCCCCCAGGAUGAAGGGCGGCGAGGGGGACGCGGGCGAACAGGCCCCGCUGAACCCGGAGGCCGAGAGCCCCGCGGGCUCGGCCACGUACCGAGAGUUCGUGCACCGCGGCUACCUGGACCUUAUGGGGGCCAGUCAGCACUCGCUGCGGGCGCUCAGCUGGCGCCGCCUCUACCUCAGCCGGGCCAAGCUCAAAGCCUCCAGCCGCACGUCUGCCCUGCUCUCGGGCUUCGCCAUGGUGGCCAUGGUGGAGGUACAGCUGGAGAGCGACCACGAGUACCCGCCAGGCCUGCUGGUGGCCUUUAGUGCCUGCACCACCGUGCUCGUAGCUGUGCACCUCUUUGCACUCAUGGUCUCCACGUGUCUGCUGCCUCACAUAGAAGCCGUUAGCAACAUCCACAACCUCAACUCUGUCCACCAGUCGCCACACCAGCGACUGCACCGUUAUGUGGAGUUGGCUUGGGGCUUCUCCACUGCCUUGGGCACCUUCCUCUUCCUCGCUGAAGUUGUCCUGGUGGGCUGGGUCAAGUUUGUGCCCAUUGGGACGCCCUUGGGCACACCAGCCUCCGUGGUACCUGCCUCCCAGGUGCCUGGGACUCUGUUACCACUGACCUCCUCCCUUAGUCCAGCUUCUAAGCCCUCCUCUACUUCUGUAGCUCCGUCACAGUCUGAGCCGUCUGAGGCCUGCCCACCCCGGCAAGCAUGUGUUGGUGGAGGGGCCCACGGACCAGGCUGGCAAGCGGCCAUGGCCUCCACGGCAAUUAUGGUACCUGUGGGGCUUGUGUUCGUAGCCUUCGCCCUGCAUUUCUACCGCUCCUUGGUGGCACACAAGACAGACCGUCACAAGCAGGAGCUGGAGGAGCUGAGUCGCCUGCAGGGGGAGCUGCAGGCUGUGUGAGGCUGAUGUGAGCCACCGGUGCCAACACUGCCUCCCUCUGGUCUGCGGGGGGACCCAGGUCCACAGACCCCAUUCCCUGCCCCUGCCUGGAGCCACUUCUUGUGGCCACUCUCAGGUAGAGACCAGAUUCCUGCCUUCAGGGUCCUUGGGGCAGCUUCCACAUUCCCAGGGAUUCUCCCUAUCGGUUGAUCCCAGUCUGUCUACAUCUGGGCUGGGAGGAGCGAGGGAGGAAGUAGGUCUUCAGUCCAAGGAUCAUUGUAGGUAGAGGGGAGGCAGGGAGACCCUGGUCAGACCUUUGGUGCUGACCCUUAGCCACUUAUUCCUAUACAGGAUGUGGAGGUCAGAAGGUUGCACACCCACCCAGCUGCCUCAGAAUGUGGUCAACCCUUGCUUUAUUUUUGUAGAAUCUAUGGUAGGCAUGUGGGGGAAGCUUUUCCCCAUCUCCAGAUCUGGAUGGGUUCCACAUGCUUGCUUACGUUGCUGUAGACAAGGAUUUGGGUGGUUCUACCACAGACAUAGGUCCAGCAUUCCCUAGGAGGAGCCUUCCUAUUUUUUUGGAGGUUCAAGUGCCUGCUCCACUGCCCUAGACCCACACUUAAGUUUCUGUGUCUGGUUCCUACUCUCCUAGGCUAGGGCUGGAGAUCUUUGGAGACUGAGGGCCUCUGUGACCAACCUGACUCCCUAGCAAGGGCUGUGGGGUGAGAAGGUUUUUAAGGGAGAAGGUCCAGUCACUAGCCCUUGGAAUACAGAGCUAUUCUGACACUGAGGUUUUGAUGCACCUUGUUUUGUAUAAUAAAAUGUGUUUCACAGA